AUGAAGUUUACCAAUUUCCUCCUCUCCAUUCUCCCUCUGGCCUCUGCUGCCAAGAGCAUCAACAAACCUCGAACAGACUACGUCCCUCAGCCUGCCACUUCGGAAGAAUGCUGUCCUUUCACCUACAAAGCAACAUGUACCAAGAACCUCGAACGCAUGUUUCACAUCCAACUUUUCUACAACCACAAGAAGGAUACCACACCUGAGCAGUUCAGCGCAUACUGGGCCAAUAACCACACCAAGACUGCUGGGGACUUUCAUCUUCGCCAUGGUAUCUACAAGUACUCUCAAUACCACUCCACUCCCCAGUAUCGCGACCUGGUCCGGGUCCCGGGUGCUGCUCCCGUCCUUGAGUUUGAUGGUGCUGCGGAGUUUUGGGUCCAGAGUAUGGAGACAUUUGCGGCUAUGGGAGCUGAUCCAUUUUACACCAGUGUGAUUCAGGCUGAUGAGGCUAACUUCAUUGAUAUGGAGUCUAUGAGACUGAUCGUUGGUGUUGACUAUAUCGUUGUCGAGAACCAGAAUGCUGUUACGGAGCAUGGCCGAUCGUUUUAA